AUGGAGGAGAUGACAAAGAGGAAACAGCCAGCACAGGACGGAGACGACGAGGGCGGCGCCGCUGGAGGCCGAAGCGGGGACGAAGAGCACCGGGAGGUAACCGACGAAGAAGUGGAUGAAUUUUUCUCCGUUCUUCGGCGGUUGCAUGCGGCCUCGAAGAGCUUCGCUGGCGGAGGCGACCGCCGAGACAACAAGCGGAAGAAGAAGGUGAGGAGGGGAGAGGAGGAGGAAGCCAAGGCGGCUGCGAGGUGGCGGCCGAGGUUCACCUUGGAGGACUUCGAGGCUAUCGGAGAUGGCGGCGUCGUCGUCUCCGAUGGGGCGGCAAGUGGUUGCAGGACGGCGGCGGAGGACCCGAUCCGUCUGGACUUGGACUUGAACGCCGAGCCCGUCGUCGAAGACCACGACUGGCAGCGAUGGUUGCGGUGA